AUGGCUACACAAGCUGAUAUAGAUGCCGUGACUGACAAACUCAGCACGACUGGGCGUCUGUCAUGGGUCAUCGCAGACUGUCCCGUUGUCGUCAUUUUCAAAAACAAUUCCACCGGACAUCCGGAUUCACUGGGCCAACCUUUAGAUCGAAAUGGCUGUGGUGACCUGCUCAGACUCUGGGUGGGCAUGAACGAGGAUACGCACGAGCUGUUCGUGGCCUUGACCAUUCGUAUUCGGGUGUCGCCAGUCAGAAAGAAGACUCGCCGACAGGGCCGUCUUAUGUUCAUGAUCGUUCCAGCCAACGCCUUGCAGCUGCAAGGUACUGUCGUUGACUACACGCAUCUGGACAAGAAGCUUUCACCACACCUCUUCGAUAUGCCCAGCGAUACUCAAUCCGCAAAGUGUAAGCUCUUGCGUAUGUCUCUUGAUCUGGGGUCUUAUGCAAGUGAUGUUAUAAUGCCCGAGUACCAGUGCAGACCAAAUGUGAUGCCACAAGCCAUGGUCUUGCUUCGAAAACUCAAGUCACUCUCUGAGGCAUCCAGCUUCCACCUAUAUACCAAUCAGGAUGAAUCCAGGCAGGCAGCUUUUCAGCAUGUAUCCGAAAUACUGCUCGACAAAGACUCAAUGAUCACUCCUUCGAUUGACCUCAAAGGCUUUUAUCCUGGAGGCCGCUCAGCAUGUAAGAAUAUGUGGGUGGAGCAAGGAUGGCUAGAAGCUGAAGACAAGACUGUUGCAGACGGAGGGAAUGGUAUUGAGAGGAAUCAGAAAAGAAUACAAAGCCCGUCCGAACCGCAACCUCCUCCGCCUUACGAGCCAAACACCGUGCCAAGUCCUGUAUGUGUGUCUCCAGGCCUAGAGGAUGUGCCAUGGUUGCCACCUACCAUUGCCCCUGUAUCUCAACGGGGGCUCCUAGGUUUGCCAGCGACAGCACCUCCGAGCACAGAUACAUACGUCGACUCGAACGGCCAACAACUCUGCGCGGACAACACUGAAUCUGCGUCAAUUGUGACAGAUCAACCAUUCACCCAUGUCCACCAUCAUUCUCCUUCGACACCUGAAGCAUCACUCUCUUCCAGCUAUACUGCGACAUUUCUGUCUGGAUUUCCGACUCAAUCGCCGUCACAUAGAAUUCGAGACGCCUUGGCAGCCCAAACCAAAGCAGUCCCGGCUGAGAGCUCUUGCCCAUCUUUACAAGUAGCUGCAUCUUCCAUAGGCGAUCGUGCCUUCCACACCGAUAAUGCUUCGACCCGUGCCAGCACGCCAAGCGCAGUCCUCGACUCUGUUCCCGACUCUGCGACACGUAAAGACUACCUUCGUACUCGCUUGAAGAAGUUGCCAGCAACAUCGCCAAAAGACAGGCUGUUGCUCAGCCGAGCGCACAAACCUUGCAUCUCAAUGGCUUACGAGCGGACUUCUCACCAACGGUUCCUGAUACUAUAUCUUAUCAUGAUGAUACGACCCGUGCAUCUACGAAAGACGACAGUCUUUCCUCACAAGGAAGCCAGCUCUCGCAAUGGCUUUCCCACGCUUGGCACUACUGUCCCACAGCUCACUAUCUCUUCAUCACGGAACUGCUGA